GCUGUUAGGUGACAGUUUUUGCCAGACAUUUUUAAUUGAUCUGCCAGAUAUUCUUUGAAAAAUAGUGGCAACCUUGUCACUGUAUCCGACUUGGUGUGUUGCGGUCUGCGUGAUUGUUUUUUUCUCCGAUAACUCCGUUCAUCGUUGUCCUUUGUAUGCGAUAGUGCGUGUUAGAAAAUAAUAAAAUAGAUAAAAUAUUUAUUUUUUGGCUUGCUGUAUAGAAAAUCAUAUGAUUUUUACGAGUGCUGUCGAAGUUAGAACAGCAAGCAAAUAAAAUUCGAAAGCUCGUGAGAAAAAGUGAAGUCGGUAAUCAACAGCCUGUGGAUGCGUUUGUACGAGGAGCAGCAGGCACGAAAGGUCAGCACAGUUGAUCCAUACGACAAUAUGAGUGACGAUGACCGGGAUAUCGAUAUUGACAGCGAUGAUGGAGAGGAUUCCGAUACCACCAAAUCUCAAACACGGAAUUCCAGUGGAAACAAUCAAUUCUACUCUCAGGCUGAGAAAAGGGCUCAUCAUAAUGCUUUGGAGCGGAAGAGGCGGGAUCACAUAAAGGAUAGUUUUACAUCCCUCCGUGAUUCAGUGCCGUCACUACACGGGGAAAAGGUAAAUGCAAGCCGGGCACAGAUUUUGAAAAAAGCGGCAGAAUAUAUACAGUUUAUGAGACGUAAAAAUAAUUCUCAUCAACAAGAUAUAGAUGAUUUAAAGCGACAAAAUAGCCUACUUGAAACACAAAUUCGACAGUUGGAGCAAGCUCGUGCUACUGGAAAUUUUGGCGAUGGUAAUGAUCUUGGAUUGGGCAUGAACGACAGUUCCCGAGAAUCAGACAGCUCAGACGAUGAUGGUGCAAGUAACAACGGCAUAGGUGGGGGAAGUAUUCAUCGAAAUAAGAAAAUGAAGACCAAUUCAAAUUACUGAAUGUGCAAAGUGCUAUUUGCAGUAUCGUUGAGGACAAUUCAAGACGCGAUGUUUCAAUCGCAGCAAACAUUUGUUGCCUGUCCGGAAAAGUUUAUUCUAUUGUAUUGCACACAACUCAAUCUGUAAAUGAUAAAAUAAGAAUAUGAAACCAACUAAUAAGAUAAUAGUGUACAAAAACUAUGUUUUCCCCUGUUUAUUUUUAAUAUUUUUUGUGGUCAUUGGAAAUUGAUAGAGUAAAUUCAAAGUGUAGAGAAGCAGUAGUAUUAGUUUCCCAAACAUUGAUUGGAUGUGUUUGAACAGAUUUGAAAUAUAGUUUUGUGUUUAUUUUUUCAAAUUA